AAUUAGAAACCCUUGCAACAUCCAAUGAUAGUCUCUUCAACACUUUAACUCUGUGUACAAAUAUACCACCAAGUUUAUCCAAGUUGGAAGAAAGAACAUUCUUGUGCAGACCACACCAUUAAUUCAAUGAGGCUAAGAUACAGAAGAAACGCAAUUUUAAAGUUGGGAAUAGUGGUGAUAACUCUCAUUAUUGUUGUACCCUUGAUUGUUCAUCACUUUGAGCGUCCUGCAGACGACGAAAAUCCAGAAGUAAUCAAGAAAAAACUCAGGGUUGCAAGAUAUCAAGAGAAAAAGAGACAACAAAAGAACAUCCAGAAUGUUGUUGAAAAUCCUGUCCUGGCUCAGAAGGGAGGAAAGUUUGAGUUGCCAGGUGAUCAGGCUGUGGCAGAGCCAGCACAUGGACCAGAAGCUGUAUUGAAACCAGGUGUUUUGGGAAAUUUUGAGCCAGACUACCCAAGUAAAAGUGGCCCAGGUGAGAAUGGACAAGCAGUGUAUACAGGAAUGGAAGAGAGGUCAAGGGCAGACAAAUCUGUCAGGGAAUUUGGAUUUAACAUGGUUAACAGUGACAAAAUCUCAAUGACCAGAACCAUUCCAGACACCAGACUGGAUGAAUGUAAGUACUGGCACUAUCCUGAAGGUCUGCCUACUGCCAGUGUCAUCCUUGUCUUCCAUAAUGAGGGCUGGUCCACUCUGAUGAGAACUGUCCACAGCGUCAUUGAAAUGUCACCCAAACAGUACCUUCAUGAGAUUGUCAUGGUGGAUGAUUUCAGUGACAAAGAGCACUUGAAAGGAAAACUUGAGGAAUACAUAAAACAGUUUAAUGGUUUGGUAAAGCUGUACAGAAACUCGGAACGUCUCGGCCUUAUUGGUACCAGGACAAGAGGAGCUGAGUUAGCUACUGGAGAUGUUAUUGUAUUUUUGGAUGCUCACUGUGAAUGUAAUAGAAACUGGCUGGUUCCACUAUUAGCCAGAAUUCGCUAUGACAGGACAAUCAUGGCUGUUCCCACCAUUGAUGGAAUAGAUUGGGAUAAUUUCCGCUACCACCCAGUCUAUGGUGCUCAACAUCAUCGAGGAAUUUUUGAAUGGGGAUUCUUAUACAAAGAGAGUGUGGUCCCAGAGAGGGAGCUUAGAAAGAGAGAGCACAACAGUGCACCUUACAAGUCACCUACACAUGCAGGAGGGCUGUUUGCUAUGGAUCGUAAAUAUUUUUUUGAACUGGGAGCUUAUGACCCAGGACUGAAAAUCUGGGGUGGUGAAAAUUUUGAGCUAUCAUUCAAGAUCUGGCAAUGUGGAGGAAGCAUUGAAUGGGUGCCAUGUUCUAGAGUUGGUCAUGUUUACAGGAACCACAUGCCUUAUGGAUUUGGGAAAAUUGAUGUCAAAAUCCCAGUUAUCAGUUUGAAUUACAUGCGUGUGGUGGAGGUUUGGUUAGACAGGGAGCAUAAGGAAUUCUUCUACACAAGAGAGCCCGGUGUUAGGGGUUAUCCUAUAGGAGACAUCUCUCAGCAGCUGAAGUUUAAAGAGGAACAUAAAUGUAAAGACUUCAAGUGGUUCAUGGAGAACGUGGCUUAUGAAGUUUACGAAAGGUUCCCCAAACUCCCUCCCAAUAAAGCAUGGGGAGAGGUGAAACUAAGAAAAGGCUCUUCUUGUAUGGACACCAUGGGCCAAGCAGUUGGGGGAGGGGCAAUUGGCCUCAGCUACUGUCAUCACUUUGGGGGUAGUCAACUUUUCAGAAUCAAUACAAAAGGACAGAUAGGAGUUGGUGAGCGAUGUAUAGAGUCACCCAAUGGAAACACUCUCCAUGUGGCCUACUGUGAGGUGCAGCCUACAGGCCCCUGGGACUAUGAUGAGGCAAGUGGAGUCAUCAAGAAUACAUAUCACAACAAAUGUUUGGAUGGAACAAAUGGGAAACUGACACUGCAGCCUUGUAAUGGUGGGGGAGACUCUCAGAGCUGGGUGGUAACAGAAGUGUACUCAUGGAAGAAAUAAACACAGCUGACAUUGGUAUAGACCAGUCAAUCUUCACAGUGCUCAAUGUACAUUCCAUAUCUACUUACUGUGAACGGUGUGUGCCCAUUGGUUAGAUGAAUAUAUGUGUGAAUGUGCAAAUGGUUACAGAGAAUUUUAGAUCUAUAAAUUGUCCACCAGUUUUGUAUGCACAUUGUGUCCAACGUUGCAGCAAUGGAUCAUACUGUCAAACAGAAAACAAAGAAUAUUAUACACCCACUUUUAUUUAUCAAUCAUGAAUCCUCAUUCAUGAAUAUUUCUUAUUUAAAUCUUCUUGUGCAAUGUAUAUGUUUAUCUCAAACGCAAAUGUUCAUAAAAAUAUAUAUGUAUUUUAAUUGGUGAAUUUUUUUGGCGCAAAUGCAAGUUUAUUUCCAUUAUAUUUUAUGGUUCAAUUCCAUACCAUCAAAAUACGAUUAUUACGUUUUUAAAAUUCAUCCCACAGAUCUAUGACAGAAACAUCUGAUAUCUUUUUCAGUCACAUAGUAGUUUUAGUUGUAGAUUACUGCAUACCAACUUUUAUUUGCGUGCGAGAAAUGUUCACAAGUUUUGCGACCUUUUUUAGCUCCAUUUAUUUUGCUGUGUAUAUGUAGAGAAUGUUUCUUUGAUUGUGAAAAUUAAUCAUCGCAGAUUGAUUUCAAACUGAAGAAUCACAAAUAAAAGAUGAAGCGAAUAAUAGUUGGUUUACAGUAAGUUGUCAAAUACAGAGAAAACUAGACAGUAUUUAAAGUGAGUUUAUACCAGGUAAGCUUUUAAAGAUUAAAAUGCAGCUUUACUUCAGGGAGAUCUGAGAACAGUAUAAAUUUUAAAAAUGGGAUAACUCCAUCAUCUGUUAGAAGCUUUCUUGUUAUAUAUGCAUCUUUAUUAUGCAAUGUGUUUUUUUUGUAAGUUUACAUGUAUAUCACUAUACAGUAAAAUUUGUCUAAUCUGAAUACCACUGGUUCCACAGAAAUUGGUCGAUUAGAUGACAUUCCAGAUUAGACAACAUCUAAAAUAAUUGAGUUUACCAAAAGGGACUUUAAGUUUACAUUGUUUUAGACAAGAUUUCGGAAUACACAGCAUACGCAUUAGACAAGUUUCACUGUAUUUUUUUAUUAUUUGUUUACAGUCAAGUGCUUUAUUUUGACCAGGAGUAGGAUUUUUUUUAAUUGCUAGCAUUCAUUCUGAGUUUCUUUCAGAAUUUAUAAUCAAAUGACAUUUAUAUACAAGUUUUAUAUUUGCCCAUUGAAUUUACGCUAUUGGUACUUAAUGUUGAAAUUGCUGAUAUGAAACCUUGUUAAACCACUGUAUAGUAUGUUGUGGCUCAGCUGUUGUGUACAUUCAUGGUUAAUUUCUCUUAGUUAAAUUAAUUCUGUUUUUGUUUAACUUGAACAAGAUAUGAUAUCUCUUUAUGAAUUUACAAUUCUUUUGGAUUUUGCACAAUUUUGACUGAUCUGAUUGAAAGAACUCAUUUAAUCUAGACUUGUAAAAUACACAAAAAAUAAUUUCCAAGAGAUGUCCAACAUUUUUUGUUUAAAUAUUGAAUGUAUUGUUGUGUGAAGUGAUAUUGACCAAUCCCCAUUUAAAUUCCAUUGAUAUUUUACCUUUAGUAUGGCAUUUUUUCCUCUCUUUUUUGGGGUAAGAAUUCUUGCAUUUAAAAUCCAACUUACCAAAACUUGAAAGUUGCAACCAUACAUCAUUUCAUUGUAGACCUAGGUUUUGACUUCAGAUUUUCAAUUAAAUAAAUGUAGAUACAUUUUAAAUUAAGUGUGCUUAUAGCUGGUUCUAAUUGGAUGAUAAAAUUAUGCUUCUGUAAUUUACCAGUUAAAAACUGUUUAUCUUGACUUAAAAAUUAUAUCUGGCAUUGAAAGCAUGAAACUUUACAUUCUGCUGGUCAUGUGAUCAGUCUAGUCAAUAGCUUAUGUCACAAUGACUAGUUCUUUCUAAACCAUAGGGAAACUGCAAGUUUCAUAAUUAAAAUAAGUGUAAACACAUUUAUUCUUUGUAUGCAGCACAUUUGUCUAAAAGUAAAGAUGGAAAAUUGUAUAAGUUUGUGUUCAAGAAGAAUUUUUUCUUCUUCUUGUCAGAAAAGAUGACUUAAAAAAAACAUAUGAACAUCAUUUGUAUAUGUUGGAAUGAUAAAACUGCAAGGAAAAAACAAAACAAAAACAAAACAGACAGUAUGGAAAUUUAAAUUACAGUAAAUUUACCAACUAAAACCAGUUUGGAUUGCUUUAACACUUGGAUGUACAAAACCAGACAAAUAUAAGGAGAAAGUGUACAUGUACUAAGUUGAAUUCAAUGUUUGCCAACUGAACUUCUUCUGUGAAGACAUUCUGAGGUUGGACAAAUAUAUCUGAAUUUGUGGGUCAUACCUUGACUCAGGUAUUCAUUUUUAGAAUGAACAUGUUGACUUAUAAAGAGAAAUUCUGCUGGGCAGGCUAUUAAUAUUAAAAUGAUAUUGUGAUACAUGUAAUGUAAAUAACAAAUGUGGUUAUUGUUUGAAAAAUUAAAUAUAGAUACAUAAAAAAGAUGUUUGUAUAUACUAAAGUCAAAUAUUUUUAAUUGUGGGUUUAAUUUUUUCAUAUUUAUAUGCAUUUUCCAUAAUAUUCUACAGCUAGAUUAAUGUUGAUAUCAUGUUAUAUGAAUUGUUGGGUGUCAAUAAAAUUUUGGAUAUUUA